AUGGCUGCUCUUUUCGCCUUUCCCAGGCAUGUUAGCCGCUCUCUCUCGACCCUCCGUGUUGCAGCUCUAUUUGGCCUUCUCAGCACAUCCAUCGCCAGUGGCGCUCAUAAAGAUGGCGAUUCCGUCUGUCGAUCUGCGCCUGGAGACGAAUCCUGGCCCAGCGACGAGGUCUGGGCAAGUUUCAAUGCUAGCAUCGAGGGCAAGUUGAUUCGCACUGUGCCCAUUGCAUCAGUCUGCCACGGACCAGCGUAUGACGAAGCGCAGUGUGCUACGUUAAGGGACAACUGGUUCUUCCCCGAAACUCAUCUACCUUCUCCAUCGUCGCCAAUGGCAUAUGAAUUCAGCAACGACAGCUGUAAUCCGUUCUCGGAGCCCGCUGCGCCCUGUACCGUCGGCAGCCACGUUGUGUACACGGUGAAUGCCUCGACCGUGGACGACUACAGAGCGACCAUCGGCUUCGUCCGGCAGCACAACAUUCGCCUUGUCAUUCGAAGCUCUGGACAUGACUACCUCGGGAAAUCAAGCGGCGCUCAUGCUCUCGGGCUCUGGACCCUUCACCUCAAAUCCACAGAGCUACUCAGUGAUUAUCAGUCUCAACACUACCAGGGCACGGCCAUGAAGAUCGGAGCUGGUGUGAAUGGAGGAGAAGCUCAAGCUUUUGCUCAUUCAAAGGGUCUCGUGGUUGUCGUGGGCAAUUGUCCAACAGUGACUUUGGCCGGAGGGUGGGUCCAGGGCGGCGGUCAUGGCUUGCUGUCCUCGCGCUACGGCCUAGGCGUUGACCAGGUCCUGGAAUUCGAGGUGGUGACCGCUGACGGUGAACUGCUGACAGCGACGACAGAUUCUAAUUCAGACCUCUUUUGGGCGCUUGCCGGCGGAGGUGGCGGUACAUACGGCAUCGUUCUGUCCAUGACCAUCAAGACCUACCCGGAGUCCAUCACCUCCAGAGCUCUAUUGACAGUCCCAAGAACAGGGGAGAAACCUGAAGAUUUCAGCAAUUUCCUUGCCACUUUCCUACAGCAUCUUCCUGCUACAUUGGAUGCUGGCGUGACGGUCAUCUGGGCGAUGAUGCCGUUCGCAUUCAUGUUGGUGCCGGCCUUUGCUCCAGGAUUGACCAAAGACGAGCUAGACAAGCUGAUCGACCCAACCAUAAACAGGUUGGAGGAGCUAGGCAUUGGCUACCAAUAUGACUCGGCGGAAUAUCCAGAUGCCUUGUCGGCCUUCGAAUCCGUUCCUGCAACAUGGAAUGUCUCAGAUAUGCAUCCGGCGGGCCGCCUGAUCCCGCGCGAUCUUCUGGAGACCAAGCUGACCGGACUCGUCGAAGCGUUGAUACACAUCGGCGACAACGCCUUGAUGGCGGGUGUCUCGUACAACUUGACCAGAAACGCAGCUUCCUAUCCGAUGUCUGUGAACCCUCGGCUGCGAGAGACACUGUUCAACCUUGCCGUUGGCGCACCGGUCAAUUACACCCACACAGAGCAAUGGCCAGCAGCCUAUGAAUUCCUGCAGAAUGAUCUCCUGGCGCCCAUCCGCCGCCUCGCACCAGACGGAGGUGCUUACUUGAGCGAGACCAAUCCCUACGACCCGGAGUGGCAGCACCAAUUCUAUGGCGGCAACUACGAGAAGCUGCUCGCAAUCAAGGACAAGUACGAUCCGGACAACAUCUUCUAUGCGCGCACAGCCGUGGGUAGCCAUCGCUGGGUUGAGAAGACUGAUGGCCGCCUGUGUAGGCUGACGAAGGAAGCAGAGCAGUGGGCUCACAGUGAGUUGUGA